AUGCUGAUCCAUUCGGCGCGGCCGAUGCGGACGCGGAUGCAGAUGGGGACGAUGCGGACGCAGACGAUGCUGAUCCAUUCGGCAAGGCGGACGCGGAUGCGGACGCUGACGCCGAUGACGCGGAUCCGUUUGGUGCGGUGGACGCUGAUGCUGAUGGGGACGAUGCGGAUCCGUUUGGUGCGGCGGACGCGGAUGCGGAUGCAGAUGGGGACGAUGCGGACGCAGACGAUGCUGAUCCAUUCGGUGCGGCCGAUGCGGACGCGGAUGCAGAUGGGGUCGAUGCGGACGCAGACGAUGCUGAUCCAUUCGGCGCGGUGGAUGCGGACGCGGAUGCAGAUGGGGACGAUGCGGACGCGGACGAUGCUGAUCCAUUCGGCGCGGCGGACGCGGAUGCGGACGCUGACGCCGACGACGCGGAUCCGUUUGGUGCGGUGGACGCGGAUGCUGAUGGGGACGAUGCGGAUCCGUUUGGUGCGGCUGAUGCGGACGCGGAUGCAGAUGGGGACGAUGCGGACGCAGACGAUGCUGAUCCAUUCGGCGCGGCGGACGCGGAUGCGGACGCUGACGCCGACGACGCGGAUCCGUUUGGUGCGGUGGACGCGGAUGCUGAUGGGGACGAUGCGGAUCCGUUUGGUGUGGUGGACGCGGAUGCUGAUGGGGACGAUGCGGAUCCGUUUGGUGCGGCAGACGCGGACGCGGAUGCAGAUGGGGACGAUGCGGACGCAGACGAUGCUGAUCCAUUCGGUGCGGCGGACGCGGAUGCGGACGCGGAUGCAGAUGGGGACGAUGCGGACGCAGACGAUGCUGAUCCAUUCGGCUAAUGGCGCUAAUCCGGCUUAUGCGACAGAGGACGAGACCACCGUCACCGACGCAGAGAUCGUGGACGCUAUCGAGAACAUGGACAUGAUUGCCCUCGUCCGGGCCGCCCGCAUUGCGCCGCUCAGGGUUCUCACCGCCCGCGUUACGGCACCCAACGGCGACGCUAUUUCGGCCUUCCACUUCUUUGUUGCGCAUCGCAAGGCCGACUACCUCGGCGAGCUGCUCGGCUGCCUCGCCGACGCCGCCAAGGGCGCGUCCAAGGACGACGCGGCGGCCUUCCGUGCCGCAGCCUCGACGCUCUCGGCGCGCGGUUACGCGCCUAUCCACUUUGCCGCCAUCAUGGGCUACCUCGAGGCUGUGCGCCUCCUCGUCGACGCCCACCCCGCCGCGGCGCUGGUCUACGACGCCCGCUCGCGCUCAGCCCUCCACUGGGCCGCCCGCUACAACCGCCUCGCCGUCACUGAGUACCUCCUCGACACCGCGUACCUCGAUGUUGAGCUCGGCGACAGCGGCGGCCGCUGCCCCGCCAUGUACGCCGCCGGCGCCGGCGCCGUCGACGUCCUCGCCCUCCUCUUUGACCGCGGCGCUGAUCCGGCAGCUGUCGACUCGCGCGGCAACUCGGUUGCCGACUAUGCCACCAACUACGACCAGGCCGAGGCCGCCAAGCUCAUCGACGAGUGGGCGUAG